AUGACUUCUUCGCCCCACUGGUGCGGCUACAUCCCAUGGCUCGUCCAGCGACCUGGGCAUCAAAACGCAAUCGCACAGACAACUCUGAAAUCCCAAACCACCGAGAAUGACGCGAAUAAGAGCAUCUUAUUGUUUCUGGUGCCGCCGUGCUGGUUCGGGAAGCCAGAGCACCGCAAUGAGACCUUGGGCCCCGACGGUCUUCCUGUGUGGUGCCAAGACGUCUACGCGGGCGCGCGGGCCUACGUCAAGGACUGUGCCAAAACAGAAGGCGGCGCGCCGGCUGCCCCCACAAUGACAACGGCACACCAGGGCUCGCCACCGGAUUGGUGCAAGUACAUUCCAGAGAAUCAGAAGCAGCACUCGCCUGACUGCGCUCCUUCCCUACUCAACGAGGAGUGGAUGGCUGAACGACAGGCAAAUUUUGCUUUCCGCCCGGCGGCUAGUCUGACCGCCGUGGACACAGAAGGAAGCGCCACUUCCGACACGUACUAUGGCAAGGUGCUUUCGACCUCACCACAUUGGUGCGGCUACGUGCCCUGGGUUGUUCAGUUUGUGGUUCCUCCGUGCUGGUUCGGUAAGCCAUCCAACUCGACGGUCGGCGCGGAUGGCAAGCCAGAUUGGUGUAAGUGGGUGCCGAACCUCAGCAAGGGCUACGUGCCGGAGUGUGCGGGGGGAACUGUUGACAGCGUGACUGGCAGCGGCGUGGCAGUCCCUGUCGACGCAAACGGCGCUCCACUUCCAGCGACUGGCAACUCUCCGGGUCAGCCAGACUGGUGCAAGUGGGUCCCCUUCGCUUCGAAGGGCUACGUCCCCGACUGCAGCAAAUGA